AUGGCAGGUCCUCUGCAAUUGCUGAAGCUCUCGUUUCUGCUCAGUCUGGUCUCGAACUGGAACUGGCACGGAAGUCAGAGCGGCGGCAAGGCUGGCAUAUUCCCGCCGACGUGCAGCCGUAUCGAGUGCCCGGGAUACGACGUUGUCGAGGACGGGAACGGCUACGAGAUCCGCCGCUACAACACCACAGUGUGGAUGUCGACUUCGCCAAUUCAGGACAUCUCCCUCGUCGAAGCCACCAGAAAUGGCUUCUUGCAGCUAUUCGAUUACAUUCAAGGGAAGAACGACUAUAAAAAGACGAUAGAGAUGACGGCGCCGGUGAUCACCCAGGUGGCUCCAAGCGACGGUCCCAUCUGCGCCUCCUCGUUCGUGGUGAGCUUCUAUGUGCCCACAGAGAACCAGGCCGACCCGCCUCCGGCGAAGGGCCUCCACGUGCAGCGGUGGGCGCCGACGUACAUCGCAGUGAGGCAGUUCAGCGGGUUCGUGAAGGACUACGAUGUCGCGGAGGAAGCAGCCGCCCUGCGGGCCAGCCUGGCUGGCACUCCUGGUCGGAGGCUAUUGACAAGAGCCGCGCCGGUGAUAGCACGGAGGAGUACACGGUGGCGCAGUAUAACUCGCCGUUUGAGUUUCAGAACAGGGUGA